ACAUGCUUACCCCACCCCCAUCCUGUCCUACUUCAGUGUUAGAAGGAAAUGAAGCCACAAUGAGAACUAAAAGGAGCUGUAACACCUUUCGUCCCCUGCCUCCUCCCUCCCUCUCACUGCCCUCCGCACAUAGAGCCACUCCACCCUAGUUGGGCUCCAGUGUGACAUCCCUGCCUGCCUGAGAAAGGAAUGAUGAGCUGGGACUGCAGUUGCAGAGUGACACCCAGAAGCUAAAAGCUUCUGUAAGUACCAGAUCUGCACAAGACCCAAGCCAAAGCAAUGGCAUUGUCACUGGAAGAAUUUGUCCAUUCCCUUGACCUCAGGACCCUCCCCAGAGUCCUAGAAAUCCAGUCAGGAAUCUAUUUUGAAGGUUCUAUUUAUGAAAUGUUUGGAAAUGAAUGCUGUUUGUCAACAGGAGAAGUGAUUAAAAUUACUGGCCUCAAAAUUAAGAAGAUCAUAGCUGAAAUGUGUGAGCAUGUUGAAGGUUGUGAGUCUCCACAACCAUUUGAACUGCCUAUGAAUUUUCCAGGUCUUUUUAAGAUUGUGGCUGAUAAAACUCCAUACCUCACUAUGGACGAAAUUACAAGAACCAUCCAUAUUGGACCAAGUAGACUAGGGCAUCCUUGCUUCUAUCAUCAGAAGGAUAUAAAACUAGAGAAUCUCAUCAUAAGGCAGGGUGAGCAAAUCAUGCUCAACUCAGUUGAAGAGAUCAAUGGAGAAAAAAUGGUGAACUGUGGAGUGCUAAGGGAUCAUCAAAAUCACUCAUUUACUUUGCCUUUGUCACAAGAAGGAGAAUUCUAUGAGUGUGAAGAUGAACAUAUUUAUACCCUAAAGGAGAUUGUCCAAUGGAAGAUCCCCAAGAACAGAACACGAACAGUGAAACUUACGGAUUUUUCGGAUAAGUGGGACUUAAUAAAUCCAUUCCCUAAAGGCUUUCAUGGUUCUCUGAUUCUCAAGCCUGUUUAUGAAAUUCAAGGUGUGAUGAAAUACAGAAAAGAUAUAGUCCGUAUCCUCCCCAGUUUAGAUGUUGAAGUUAAAGACAUUACGGACAGUUGUGAUGCCAACUGGUUUCUUGAGCUGUUAACAACACAAGAUCUUUUUGAAAUGACCAGUAAGGAGUUCCCCAUAGUGGCUGAAGUCAUAGAAGUUCCUCAAGGAAACCAGCUACCCAGAAGCAUUUUACAGCCUGGGAAAACCAUUGUGAUCCACAAAAAGUAUCAGGCAUCGAGGAUCUUAACUUCAGAAAUUAGAAGCAAUUUUCCUAAAAGACACUUCUUGAUCCCCACUAGCUACAAAGGCAAAUUCAAGAGGCGACCUCGGGAGUUCCCAACAGCCUAUGACCUCGAGAUAGCAAAGAGUGAAAAGGAGCCUCUCCACGUGGUAGCCACCAAAGCUUUUCAUCCCCCCCAUGAUGAGCUGUCAUCUGUAUCUGUCGGGGACCAGUUUCUAGUGCAUCACUCACAGACAACUGAAGUCCUCUGUGAAGGAAUCAAAAAAGUGGUGAAUGUUCUGACCUGUGAAAAAAUCCUCACAAAAUCCUAUGAGGCAGCCCUGCUCCCUUUGUACAUGGAAGGAGGUUUUGUAGAGGUGAUUCAUGAUAAGAAACAGUACCAGAUUUCUGAGCUCUGUUCACAGUUCCGCUUGCCCUUCAACGUGAAGGUAUCUGUGAGAGAUCUUUCCAUUGAAGAAGACAUUUUGGCUGCUAUACCAGGACUACAGUUAGAGGAAGCUAUCACAGACUCGUAUCUCCUCAUAAGUGACUUUGCCAACCCCAGGGAGUGCUGGGAAAUUCCUGUUGGCCGCUUGAAUAUGACUGUUCAGUUAGUUAGUAAUUUGUCUAGGGAGCCAGGAUCAUUUCUAGUCAGGACUCUGGUCGAAGAGAUCACUGAAGAACAGUAUUACAUGAUGCGGAGAUAUGAAAGCUCUUUCUUGCACCCCCCACCUCGACCUCCCAAACGUCCCACAGUGGAGGAAACAAAGUUAACCCUGCUAAACUUAGCAGAGGAAAGGACAGUGGCUCUGCCCAAGUCUCCCAAGAGUCUCCAUGUAGAUAGAUCCAAGAAACUGCACUCAAAUCAAGCUGGCCUGGAUUCAAAAGUACCAGUUGGUUGUCAAAAUGAUUCGGCUGAUCUGGAGAAAGGCAAGAGAAAGACUGGGACAACUGCAGUAGCAGGCACCAAAGUAACCACAGAAAUCUUCAAAAAUUAAAAACAUCAAAAAUAACAAGAUGUGACUAAAUGCACUUGGGCAGUGAACAUAAACGUUUCAGUGGAAAAGCAAGUCUAGUCUUCUAGCUGGAAACACAUAUUCCCCAGUGGACCCUAGAAGAAACUUGACUGGCUAUUGCAAAGGAGAAAACAAACUUAAAAGUUUUAACAGAUAAAACUUAAAGAGCAACCUAUGAUGUGGAAUUCACAUAGUCUAUUUUGUGGUGCCAAAAGCUAUAUAUUUUGUUUUAUUGUUACUUAGGACAUAUUUAUUUAACGUGCACACUUUUUGUGGUUCUGAUUUCCACUACCAACAUUUAAGCAAUUGAAAAUUAAUUUUGUAUUUCAGUUUCUGAGUAAAACCAGUUGAAAAUAGGAUAAAAUCUCACCAAAUAUUUUCAUUUUUCUCAGCAUUUGUUUUGACAUUUUUCUAGUGUUAUCAUCAUUCCCGUUAAAAAUAACAAAAAGUAAUUGUAUCAGAGAGUGAUCUAAAAUACCCAGGUUUCUUACCUGAUUCCCUUGGAGCUGUGGAAAUGAGUUUGACUUCACAUUUUCAGUUUGUUUGAGAAAUACACUGUAAAUAAGUGUGUUUGCGGCUUAACAGCCAAAGCCAUUGAGUUACAGGAAUUCUCCAUAACUCUCUCCCCUGCCACCUAAUAACCAGAGUUCGUUACUGCAAUAUCACCAGCGAUCUCAUAAUAUGCCUUAUUAUUUUACGUAGUAUACACUAGAUAACCCUUUAGAUGAAUGUUUAUUAGGAUUUUAAGAAAGCUGUUUCAUUUAUGUAUCACUGUAUGUUAAGUAUACAGGGACAAUAUUACAUUGCCUCUAACAAAAUGAAGAGACAGAGAAGUUAUCUCGUUAAAAUUAUACAGGAAUUUAAUGGCAAGCUUUGCACUUGGUUCAUAGGUCAUAUUCUAUACAAAAGCUGUUAGCUAAUCUCCUGUCUCAUAAUUACUUCGCAUUAUGUAUAGAAAUUAUUCAUUGGUUUCGUACUAAAGAGUUUCUGAAGGCAACAAAUUAUGAAACAACUUUUCAACAGAAAAAAUUAGUUAUAAAUCUUUCAUAUGAUGUUUAUAUUCUGAUUUAGCUUGCUUCCUCUUAUCUUUCUUUUCCUCCUUUUUAAGUGAAAUGAAUCCUGAUUUCCAAUACCCUAAGGAUUGUUUAGUGAUUUGAUGUGGUAAUAUAGUUUGUUGUUUACAAUUUCUGAAAUGUUUUCAUUUUUAUUUUAUUUUGCUUGUUUGUGCCUGUAAGAGCAAGAACUUUUAAAACAUUUUGUCCCCACGUUUGGUUGUUGAAGUCCACUGAGAAUCCUUUCUCAGCAACCUUGGCAAAUUCAUAGAACUCACAGGCCAAUUUGUUACUUUUCAAAUAAUAAUGAACAAUUAGUAUUUUUAUUUGGUAUAUGAAAAUAAUUAAAUCUGUACUUUUAGUAAGCGCAGAUUUUAGGAAAUCAGGAGAAUGCAUGUCUUAGUUUGGCUGUAAAUCAUCAAGGGCUUUCUAGUGGAAAUCAUAUAUCACAUUUCUCACAAUGUCAGUCCUUUUAUGUACUGUGCUUCCAGCUCUCUUGAAUUUGAAAGGCGUAGUAAACUUCAUGAAAGAUUUUAGGAGGUUGAAAACAAGUUUUCUUUUGUGUGUGUGUGUUCUCUGUCAUGUUUAAUUAUGGAAUAACUAUCUUCCUGUAGCAACUAAGUUGAAAUAUUCUUUAACUGGGGUUGAAAUCAAUUCUUUACUAUUAAGGAAGAGGCUCCCUGUGUUAAAGAAGCCAGGGGAGAGAUAUUCACCCCUCACCCUGCUCCCUGUAACCAGGGACCUACAGUACUGAGCACAGCGACCAAAUUUCCCAAUAUGAUUGGACUCCGUAACAGAUGCCAAGACGACCAAUUGUUCAUGCUGCCCUCUUCCUGGCUGAAUCAAUCUAACAUUUCUGGGAAAAGAAAUGGAAAGGGAGCGAGAAGUGGAGAAAGGAAAGUGUUCUUGGAGAUGUAUUUGGCUCUUAUAACCAAGAAUUUAAUAUAAAAAGUGUUUGUUUUGAGAUCAAAGUCAACAUUAAUGAGCCUUCUGGCUGUUUAUCUAAAGGCUUAAGACUCAAGUUACUUCUAAGGGAAGAGGAUAUGUAAAAUUUGUGGGAAAGAAGAGUCAGAAUUAAGAUCCAAACAUAUCCUGAUGGACUGGAAUACUGAAAACUGAAUCUAGGAAUGAAAAUAUUCUUUUGAUAUUACCAUCAAAAUACUCCCACAAUUUUACCACUUUUUACUGCUUCUACUGCUGCCAGUGUGGCCCAAGUUCAAUCAUCUCUUCUUGGAUUUCUGCUGUAACCCUGGAACCAUUCUCCCCAUUCUGGCGCUUGCUACCGAUCAACCUACUCUUAACACAGUAGCCAGAACGAUCUCAUUAAAAUACAUAUUAUUUCACACCACAGUUACUUCCUACCUCACUCAGAGUAAAAGCCAAAAUUCCUAAAAUGAUCUGCGAAGGCCUGCAUUAUCUGUUCCUGUUACUUUUUUUUUUUCUUUUACCUCUUGUCCUCUCACUCACUGCUCAAGUCGUGCUGGCCUGCUCACCGUUCAUCAGACAGGACAGGACAGUCUUGCCUCCAGGCCCCAGCCUUUGCUUUCUCCCCACCAGGAAAUGAAUUUUGCUCAGAUAGCCACACCGGUCACUCCCUCACUCCCCUCAGGUUUCAUUCCAAUGCCUGCCCUGACCACACUAUCUCAAGCUACAACCUCAGCCUCACCUGGUUCUUCCUGUCUCCUUCCCAUUUUAUUUUAUUUUUCUAAGAAUUGAUUCUAUCUGACGUAGAUCAUCUUGAAAUCUUUAAGAGUGGUGUUGAUUUCUGUCAGUACACUGGGAUGCAGUAUUGUUAUAAUCAUUAUAUUGGCCAGGAUUGAGUGAAGGUAGUUUUAAGGGAUUCAAUUCAGCCUUUUCCACGAUAAGAGCUCUUCUCCACAGACCAAGAGACAUCACUAUGGUCCCCAGAGCCACUAUGUGUGUCUGUUUUGAUUAUAACUCAGGAAAUGAGGAAAUGACUGCUAGGAGGGUCAGUGGAACCGUGUACCCACUGUGAGAUGGGCUGGGCCUGGAAGACUUUAUUAUUUGACCUACUCCAAGAAGGGCUGUAUGAUUUAUGAAAAGCAAAUCUAAGCACAAUGUCCAUGACUGUCAUAAUUGUUUAUAAUAUCUAUUCUGUCAUUAAUGUACUGAAGCAAUACUAAAGAAUGGCCUUUAGGUGAGACCAAGCUGAGGGGCCUUGCUCCCUGUAGCUUCCCUGUGCUGGUGUGACUCACA